AUGGUAAUGACUAAUGAGCAAUGUCUUAAAAAUCUUAUAUAUGAAUCGAAAACUUUGGAAGAUGAGGGAAUUGUCAUCUCUACCCCUGGAAAUAUAAUUGUAAAUCUUCAUUUUAUUUUGGGUCUAGUACUAGGAGAUAAUUUAGGAUUGAAUUCUAUUUUAGAAUUUUCUAGGUCUUUUUCCGACUCUUUUUUUUUUUGUCAAUUUUGUAAAGCAAAUAAAGAACAUACCAAACAUAUGACCCAAGAAAAUCCCUUAUUAAUGAGAAAUAUUAACAAUUAUAGUCAGGAUGUUGCUAAAAUGAAUGUAACUCAACCAGGAAUUCAUAAGAACUCAUUUCUAAAUAAUAUUACUUCAUUUCAUGUCACUCAAAAUUACUGUGUUGACAUUAUGCACGAUCUGUUUGAACUUUGA